AUGAGAUACAUCGAGACAAAUCCCACUCCAAGAGCAUCAGACUCUGAAAUAUAUAUUUUGCAGUUAAUUAAUUACUUUGGAAAUUUAUCUGAGCAAAAACUUUCCUCUGGGGCGAAAUUGGUAAUGAGGGAGGCAGCCUCCGAUGAUUUAAGAAAACAGUAUCUACUUUAUCCCUUCAAAAAACCACUUGUUAUAAAAGCAGAAAAAGCAACACAGUUAGUGACUACAAUUACACCGAUUUUAAGGCGUAGACCACUCAGAAACACGAUAAUUCAUGCAAAAAGUAAUUUCAUGAUAACAGUAGUCAGCUCGGAACUGUUGAAAUGGAUCGAAGCACUGAAAGUUCGAUUACAAAGUGUGCCAAAGUUAAGAAGAGAAGAACGUACUACACGCAUACAAAAGCAUUUUAACACCAUCAAAUUUCAUCUCGCCAAAGUACCACCUGGUUUAGGGGACAUGACUUCGAGAACUGCAAAAAAACAAAUGAUUGGUUUUUUACCCUUGAGUAGUCAACAUCGAGGUCCUUUUAACGAUACAAUGAAAACGGCUAAUAUGGAUAAUUACAAAAGAUAUUUCACUGAAGAAGUCUUAUGCUUAGAUGACAUUCCCUAUGACACGCAUUAUGGAUAG